AUGGAUCCUGGAGUCUCAGAGCCGGACUCGGACCCUCAGAACCAGGAGCCGGAGCUGGACCCGGUGCUGGUUUGGGCCCCCAGUGGGAGGCGUCUGGUCUCCGGCCUGCUGGGUCUGAACCUGGUGCUGCUGGGAGCCGCCCUGGUGGCCGGACAGGCUUUCCACCCCGAGGGCCUGAAGCACCAGGAGCCGGAGGUGUUCCUGCUGGUGCUGAUGGGGCUCAGCCUGGUCUGGAUGCUCUGGUACCUGCUGUGGGCCCGGAAGCAGCCCGGCGUGUGCCCACACCAGGACCACCACGCUGGGGGGGUCACUGUCAUCGUGGUUCUGGUGCUGUUCGCCGCCUGCAGCCUGCUGCUGUACGUGUGCAGAGUGGGUUAUCUGAUGAGCGUGAGGGAGUGUAAACCUGCUGCCACCCUCAUCUCUCCAUUCAUAGAGUCGCCUUUUCUGGCUCUGCAGACGUAUUUGCUGUGGGCUCAUUCCAAAGACUGCAUUCACAAACACAAAAUCGUCACCAGGUCGGGACUGAUGGUGAUCCUGUCGGCCGACCUGCUGCUGUGGUUGAACGCCGUGACCGAGGACUCCAUCCACGAAGAGAUCGAGUUAGAAAAACAAGACAGUCUCGCGUUCAGCAGCACAAAGUCACCUGAAGAUGACGACGUGGAUUUAGCAGGGAACUCUUCGUUGUGUCAGUGCAGUGGCAGUGCAGCCUGUCUGGCCUUCAGGAAAGGCUUCGAGAUCCUCUAUCCCUUCAACAUCGAGUUCUACCUGAUGGCCGGCUGCAUGAUCUACGUGAUCUGGAAGAACGUUGGUCGCAGGAUGAGUCCGGACCCGCACCACGCUGCCAAGAAGUUCAGCCUCCAAGUCCUCUGCAAGGGCGGGAUAAUAUUCGGCCCGGUGUUCGGUGGUCUGGUCCUGGUGGCAGGGAUCACCGUCUUCAUCCUCUACCAGGUCUGGGUGAGUCAGAGGGAGCUCCGCCAAACCGCCUUCCUCAUCUUCUACGGCUACCAUCUGGCCAUCAUGCCCGUCAUGUCGCUCUGCUCGCUGGCCGGGGUGCUGGUCCACCGGCUGGAGAGGAGGGCUCACGAGGGAGGACACAACCCGACCCGCAGCCUGGACGUGAUGCUGCUGGUGGCGGCGGCUCUCGGCCAGCUCGCCUUGUCCUACUUCUCGCUGGUGGCGGCGCUGGCCGUGGGCACCCAGGGGCCUCUGGGGGACCUGGACCUGUCCUACUCCCUCCUCAGCCUGCUGGAGCUCAUCCUCCAGAACAUCUUCAUCAUCGAGGGCCUCCACAGGCAUCCGCACCUGCUCGCCAAGAAGAAGGACAAGAGAAGCAUCUUCAAGUUAAAGAAAAAGGUCGUACAAGAGGAGAGGAUCACGAAUGCUUCGCUGCUGGAGGGGAACACGUUGGCGCCACCUGCUGCCCAAGAGCAUGAUGGGAAAAAAACCUGGACCAAAAGAGCCACGCAGGAGAUCUGCGCUUUCCUCAUCCUCUCCAACAUCAUGCUCUGGGUGAUUCCUGCGUUCGGAGUUCACCCACAGUUCGAGAACGGUUUGGGGAAGCAGUUCUUCGGGUUCUCCGCCUGGUUCGUCCUGGUGAAUCUGGGCCAGCCGCUCGGAGUUUUCUACAGGAUGCACUCAGUGGCAGCGUUGAUGGAGCUGCUCAUCUCUGCAUGACGAGUGUCUGAGACCAACUUCAUCUCUAGACGAAACGUGUCUGAAGAUUCUUCGUCAUCCAGCUCACGGUUAUUCUCGUGGAUUAAUCGUAGCAACUGGACUCGCUUCAGUUCCUUGAAGACCUUUCAUCAGUCAGAAACCGUUCAGAACUGAUGAAGCCUCUUGGAUGAGACGUGAAACAUCUUCACGGAACUCAAGCAAGUCCAGCUGCGACGAUUAAUUCACGAGAAUACUCGAGACAAAACCAAGACUUGAAUACCAGCUGGGUGAAACAGGCCCAGAACCGAACCCAGAAAGCCCAUGUUUACACCACAUCCUCUGGCUUGAUUAAUCACACAUUCAUUAAGAUCUGAACAUGACAAACCCUCGAAGCGUUGGGGUCGGACCAUCCCAGUGUAUAUCGGGGUUUUCACUGAUUUUGGGGGGAGUCAGGUAGACAAAAAUACAAAACAGUAAAACUUGUGUUGACUUGAACACGUUAAACGGAGACCAGAGUCAGUAGUGUGUCACCAAUAGUAUGACCAAGUGGCUAUAGUUUCAAUCUUUCUAAUGAUGUGCAGGCAGGUUGGUGAAGUGUGCUAAUAUUAAACGCACAGAGCUAAAUAAUCUAAAAAGAAGUGGUGCUGCUCAUCCAAAAUGCAACAGAGUGAAUCCAAAAUCUUGCCCUGAACUUUUGGGGAUGAACUGAAAUGUCGACCCUGCAGCAGAUCCAACAUCUGCAAAGACUGAAACCAGCGGAGUGGAGGCUGUUACAGCAGCAGGUGAUGCCCACAGUGUUGUAAGAAGACAUUGGUGUAAUACGCAGGUGUCCACGUAUUUUGGGUUGUAUGUUGUUUGUCCUGAUAACGCACACAGAACUUACAAACCUCUAAAAAACUGAGCAAAGAUUUUAGGGUCUUCUGGAAAAAUCUUGAGCCACAAAAACAGGCCAAAAAAUGGUCUGAACCCCACAGAGUUAGUCCGGAUCACUGAGAAAGACUAAAUCCUUCUCCAAGAUCCUGUAAAAUCAGCAUAAAACCAUGUGCAAACCAUUCCAGAACCAAGUGAGAAACCAGUGCAACAUUAGUCCAAACAGAGCCCCAACCCAGUUCAAAGCAAACAGCUUGAAAUCAACUCCAAAAAAAGUUUAAAACCAAGUGGGAAGAAGAGUCUGGAAACAAGUUCAAAGUCAUUCUAAACCAGUACAAAACCAUUUAAAAACCAAGUCUGUACCCAGUCCAAAUCCAUCUGAAAACCAGGUCUGUAACCAGUCCAAAACCAGGACCAGAACAAGUCCAAAACCAGAUACCAAACUUUCCCAAACCACUGCAAAAACCAGUUUGGACCCAAGUCUGAAGACAGUCCAACAACAAGUGCCAGACCAGUCUAGAACAAAGUCCAAAACAAAGUCCCAAACUAGUUUAGAACAAAGUCCAGAACCAAUCCAAAACUAAGUACCAAACUAGUUUAGAACAAAGUCCAGAACCAGUCCAAAACUAAGUCAGAGACCAGUCUAAAACAAGUCCUAAACCAUUUCAAAACCAGUUGAAAUCAGUAAAAAAAAACUAAGUCCAGAACAAAUCCAAAAUCAGCCCAAAACCAAGUACCAAACUAGACUAGAACAAAGUCUAGAACAAGUCCAAAAUCAAGUCGGAGACCAGCCUAAAAUCAUGUACUGAACCAGUCCAAAACUAAGUCAAAACCACUCUAAACCCAAAUUUAAACCUGUACAAAACAGAGUACCAAACUAGUCUAAAACCAACUCCAAAACCAGUCCAAAUCCCAGACUAAAAGAAGUCCAAGACCAAACCAGCAAAAAACAAACUCCAGAGCCAGUCCAAAACCAAUUCAAAUACCAAGCUUGAAACCAGUCCACAACAAUUUCAAAACCAAGUGCCAACCAGUCCAGAACAAAGUCCAGAACCAGUCCAACCAGCUUAAAAACAAGAACCAAAGUGGUAUAAAUCCAAGUCCAAAAUCAGUUAAAACUAGUCCAAAACCAAGCCUCAGAUCAUUUCAAGACCAGUUAAAUCAGUACAAAACUAAGACUAAAACCGAGGUAAACCGAGUCCAAUAAAAGUCCCAAACCAAGUCCAGAACCAGGGAGUAAAGAAGAACCCUGAUCUCAGCAUCAUGGAGUCGGUCUGGAUUACUCGAGGAGACUGAAGAACUGUGGCAGGUUCUGUGUUUGUUCUCCAAGAUGCUGCAGAAGCUUCCUGAUGAGGACCUGGAUCAACUCUGUACAAGUUUACUGAAGAGAUCUUUGCUGUGUUCAAGGUUCUACAUAUGAACCAUGGAUCUGUUUUGUUAAAUAAGAAAUACUGAUGAAAUAGUUUUUGAACCACGACUACUUUGAACUUUUCUAAGUCACCUGUGAACUCCUUUAAACAAGAACUAAGACCAAAACCUUCCAGUCGUGUUGGAUUACUAUAGAACCACUAAACUUCAUUUUUCUCGCGCAGCUUUUUCAAUGCUGACGUCAACACACUCAAAAUAAAGCUCAGUCUUGGCACUUCAA